GGUUAUUAUGAAUGGACUAUUGGAAGUGGUGCACAAUUAUUGUAAGUAUAUACAAGCAUAAUGAUAUAAACAUAAUGUACGUUGAGGACAGAAUGUAGAAUAAACGGUUAAAGCAUGUGAAUUGUGACCAAACUGUUCGUAGAGGCAAUUAAGAUAUCCAGAAGGUCAAUAGCGUAUAGCUGCUCUAAUGGAUUAAUUUCUUUUGCCCCCUGUAGCUACGUGCCUGAUUGUUACACUAUUUGGUGACAACGAAAAUAAAAGUUAUCUAGUCUCCAAAUGUCCAAAUGUCUGGUGAGCUUAAUGUCAUCUUUCUCCAAAAUUCUUGAUGGAGACCCAAGUCACAUAUCACAGUCCUUUUGUAUAUAAUUGUAGACAGCUUGAAGCAGCUUUUCAUUGAGAGAAGCUGUAUCAGGUAAAGUAAAUGUUUACCUUCAAGGAUGUCCCCCUUACCUCAAUCAAAAAUGGAGAUUCUGGUCAGGGUCUUCAAAUGGAUGUAGUUUGGUUAUGAUUUGGAUUCAUUUUGCUAAGUAUCAGAUGCACCCCUUUGUUUCUUUUAGUAAUAACUAUGAAUAUAUGAAUGAAGUAUACUUGAAACCAUGGUGUAGAGUUGGCGUAUAUGCAAUGGGAUUAGCUUUAGGCUAUAUAAUCUAUAAAACAAAACUAAAGUACAGAUUGAGAAGGACUACAUUGGUACUGGGUUGGAUUAUAGCUGCUUGUCUAGCUAUUUUUGUGGCUUAUAUCACUUACUUAGAACAUAAAAAGGAAGAUUCAUACUGGCCAAUAGAGUUUAGAAUAGCCCAUGAAACUAUUUGUCGACCUAUAUGGGCUCUCUGUAUCUGUUGGGUUGUCUUUACUUGUGUUAACGGUCAAGGAGGUUUUAUCAAUUCGGUGUUAUCGUGGAGUUUCUGGGUACCGCUAACUAAAAUAACGUAUGGAGCCUAUCUGUUACAUUUAUUAUUGAUUGAUAAUAUAAUAGAUUCUAAUAUGAGGGCAACAUAUUAUCUUAAUAUAUUCCACGUGGCAUUCGAGUUUGUUGGUGUUUUUGUGUUUUCCUACGCCUUUUCCUUUAUCUUCUCAUUGUUGAUCGAGGCACCCUGUAUGGGUUUAGAGAAAAUAUUGCUAAAGAAGAAAAAGUAAUCAAGAUCUUAGUGGACGUGCAUAAGGAAGAAGAGUACCAUUUAUUUAACCUGCAUAUUAAAUAUUUUCAUGUAAAAUUAUAUAUAUAUAUGUAUAUAGACUAUAAUAUUGAAAAAUCAUUUUUUGUCAUUUAUAAUUAAAGCCUUAUAUAUAUAAUUAAAAGAGUAAUAAACAC